UCCUGCCUUGCGCUCUCGUUGACUGUUUAUAGUUUCAAUGGCGGAAGUGGCUUCAUUCUUUCCAGGUGAGUCGACUGAUUGAAGACGAGGCUCCUGCGGAUCUUGCCCAUGGAUGAAGAGUUGACACCUUUGGACUGCCUGCUGCCCUCAGGCACGCAGAGGAUCUGUCUGAUCAUUCUGAACCAGCCUCUGGAUAAGGACUACUUAGACAUCCUCUGGAGUAAAGCUCUCUUGAAGGCAUGUGCUGAUGGAGCUGCCAAUCACCUUUAUAACAUCGCGGCUGGAGGAAGAGACAGCUUCCUCCCCGACUAUAUCAGUGGGGAUUUUGAUUCCAUUACAGCCGAGGUCAAAGCUUUCUAUUCAGACAAGGGGUGCAAGCUGAUAGAAACAGCCGACCAGGAUCUAACAGACUUCACCAAGUGUCUUGCAAUCAUGGUGGAGGAAAUUCAGAGCCGACAGUUACAGGUGGAUGCCAUAGUGACAUUGGGUGGUCUGGCUGGCAGAUUUGACCAGACCAUGGCAUCUGUUGAGACCCUCCACCAUGCUCUGUCCAUGACACAACUCCCCCUGUUGAUCAUACAGGGGACUAGCCUGGCAUACCUACUCAGACCCGGCAGCCACAGACUGGGGGUGAACACAGGCCUGGAGGGGGACUGGUGCAGCCUCAUUCCAGUAGGUGGACCCUGCCAAACAAUCACCACUGGACUCAAAUGGAACCUGAAUAACCAGCUCCUGCAGUUUGGGAAGCUGGUGAGCACCUCCAACACCUAUGAACCCGUUGGCCCCGGAAGUCCCAGGAAGCCUGUAACCGUGACAACAGACCAGCCUCUGCUCUGGAGCAUGGGGAUCCGUAAGGACGGAGAAUGACCAAGAAAAUCAGAUGCAACUUCUUUUUUUUUUUUUAGAGCUGCACCAUAACAAACUUCAUAGUUUUAUGUUUUGGACAGUAUGAAGUAGAAAAAAAAUGAAAAUGUUGAAAGCACUAUUACACGUGGCCAAAAAUCUCACUUAAGUGUUUCUAUGAGUGAUAAUGAUGGAGACUUUGGCAGCUUUGUUGAAACAUAGGAAAAUUCAAAAUUGGCCAAAAGAGCUGAUUACUAUUUGGGUUUAUCCCUUAGUGGCCAUCCUGGACAAGGAUGGACUUGUUGAACUGGACUUGUUCAUCUACUGCAUUUUUUAAGACUUUUAACAGCAACACUUGGAUGUGCUUCUUCACUAUACUGGGUUAGUCAAAAUGAACCAUAAAGAAAUGAAUACCUGCUUAUAUAUAUAUGUAUCUUAUACAACCAGAAUCCACGCCUUAUUCCAUGCCAAUAUGUGGUCCCCUACAUGAAAACACAUUGUGCUAGGAGGCAGCUCUCAGGUAAGGACUGAGAUCAUACUGCACAGAAUUACAGACAAGAGACAUAACCACAUGUAUAGUACACACCUUCCUUAAAUGUGUGCAGGUAUCUGCUUUAUAUCACAGCCUACAGUAUGUGCCUUUGACAUCAGCGUUCCUUUUCCACUGUCCUCUUGUAGCUGCCAUACUAACCGGAUCUGUUAAGUACACAAUCAAAAACCCUGUUCACCCAACUUCCAAGUAUUUGUGCCUUUUCAUGACCGUUUAAUACUGUACUUCUGAAAGUUUAAAAGGUAAAAACCAAACUGUUAACAUGCUGUAGUGAUAGCAAGGCUAUGUGAGGACAAAUCAGUCUGGGUUUCCAUUUGUUUUAUUUACACAGCGAAAAUAGAAAUGUUGUGCACAGAAUGUAAAAAUGCCACCCCUUCAGUCCCCAAUCACACCAGCCCAAUAAUCCGCAUCUCUUCACCGUCUCCUGUCCCCGGGUAUUGAAGUUUGUGUUUUUGCUUGACCAGGAUUUAACCACCACUAGAGAAACAAAAGCAAGAAACGCGGUGUUAGUGAUUGGAGCAAUCCAAAUGGUACAUGAACAGACAUAUUUGACUAAUAUUCAGUUCAAAUGACCCGACAAACAAAUUAAUCACUGCUCAAGAAAGACACUUCCCAAAAGAAGAUAUUUUAUAUCAGUACCACUUGCAAAGUUUUUCCAUUGUACCAGCAUUUUCUUCCAAAAAACAGACAAUCCAACCUCUGUACAUUGGGAUACUGUGUAUUCUGACUACUAUGACAACAUCCUAAAUGAAUGGUGUUUGAAUGUCCCAUCCUACUGCGCACAAAAAAUAAAACAAGUGCUACCAGUGUGACUGCCCUUUUUUUAACCCUCAUCUUUUGUGUAAUAAAACCUAACUAUGCAAUUAAUAAACAAAUGUAAGUAAUGCCCAUUUAAUAACAUGGUAAAUGUAAGAACUUUUGGUCCUUACAUUAGCUAUUCAAGGACCAACUCCAUUGUAUCAUUAAUGUAAUAAAAUGAACAGUCU